CCUCUUAUUUCCUUUCUCACAUAUCCCUCUCUGUCUCUCUUUCACAAGCAGUAGAAAAGCAGAAGCGACCUCUAGAGAACGAAAGAAGUUUUCGAAGCAAACAGGAUCCAAUUGAACACAUCGAAGAUGGGAACAAUCGAAAAAGUGCAGAGUAAGCUGAAAUUAGUAAAGGUGGAUUGAGAAAGUUGCUGCAGAUCACUAGAUCUAUCUUGGAAUUGCGCGGGGGAGAAGAAUUAAACUCAUACGGUCACCGAGAAUCAGAUCAUGGAGAUGAAUAUAUGGUGUCCCACUAACGACUCCGGCGAAGUGGAAGAAGCAGCUGAUAAGAUAAUCACAUCAAUAUCUCAUGUAUCCAGCGACUCUGACUAUAGGGGAGCAUUGAUUACCUACUGUCUCUCGUGCGGCCAUCCAAUCGAGCUCUAUGAUCAGGGUCGGAUCCAUGAGCUGCCGGGGCUACCAGCCGGGGUGAAGUUCGAUCCCACGGACCAUGAAAUUUUGGAACAUUUGGAAGCGAAAGCUAUGGAAGAUGGGAAAAGGCUACAUCCUCUCAUUGAUGAAUUCAUCAAAACCCUAGAAGGCGACAAUGGUAUUUGCUGCACUCACCCCGAGAAACUACCUGGAGUGAGAAGUGAUGGCCAAAUCCGCCACUUUUUCCACCGGCCUUCGAAGGCGUACACCACCGGCAACCGGAAGCGAAGAAGAAUCCACAUGGGCAAAAACACCGAGGGCGAGACCCGGUGGCACAAGACAGGCAAGACAAGGCCAAUCCUCUCGGGUGGCAAGGUUAAAGGGUUUAAGAAAAUCCUUGUCCUCUACACCAACCACGGGAGGCAGAGGAAGCCCGAGAAGACAAACUGGGUGAUGCACCAGUAUCACCUCGGCGAUAACAAAGAGGAGAAAGAUGGAGAAUUAGUAGUCUCCAAAGUGUUCUACCAGACGCAACCUAAGCAAAGCGGCCAGACAAGAAAGAAGGAAAUGGAAACUACAACUAAUUACAGUAGGGAUGAAAGCUUGCAUGGGAACCAACUACCCGAAGAUCGGUGUAACUACAACAAUUACAGCCCUGUUCAAGGUGGUCGUGAGUCCUCUAACGACCAAAUUAGCCCAGCUCAGUUGAGGCUGAUUCUAAACUCGGUCAUUGGGCAGGAAGACGAGUCCUUCUUUGCUGAUCAGUUCAUCAAGAUGCAGGAAGAGAAUUCAUGAGGAAUACAGCGUAAUCGAGCUCGAGCAAAUAUAUAUACAUAGAUUGUAGAUGCAUAGAUAUGUGAUUGAAAGCACUUAUCUUUGCCAGUUCAUUGCCGAGAGUAGGGGAUAAUAAUCUGAGCAAAUUGCAAUUUGGCAUUUUAUCUUUGCAAAUUUAUUAUGUUCUGUUCCUGUAAUUUUUGUAAUUUCUUUUCCUUUUGGGACUUAAAAUUAAACAUUUUGUUAAAGUAAAUAACGUCAAAGUGUUGUCUUUUAUAUAAAUAUUAG